UGAAAUGAACUGUUGUGUUGAUUGACAUUAGAUUCAACAUGAUAGCAUUGAUAGGGUCCGGUAUGGCACUAUCGACUCUUUCUUCCACUUUUCAUCUGACAAACUACUUUGAAUGUUUGGCGUGGCUUUGGGAGUUCUAUCCGAUUAAUAUGCUAUCGGCCUAGCUGAGAUUAAUUGAAAAAAAUCUCCUACUGUUUACUAAACAUCUCCGUGGGAGAAGGCCACUGUUCGACUAUUAAAGAUAUUGGAUGAUAAGAGGUUGUAAYACAAAACGAAGCACGGUCAAGCCAUGGAGCCCUAUGUCAUGUUCUUUCCAGGUUAUUUCCUCARGUCGAAUUUAACAAUAGCAGUCAUUUUAAUCUUCCUAAGUAUAUAUACUGUAGUUGGCAAUACUUUGGUGUGUAUCGUCUAUGUUAAAGAUCCKGGGAAAAAGCUAAGAACGAUAUCUAACCAUUUUGUAAUCAAUCUGAGUGUGGCGGAUAUUUUAGUUGGACUUGGAGUGGAGCCACUUAACGCUUCGUCAAACUGGAAUCCCGACCAACGAAUCUUAUUUUCUUUUUACAUUACUGCAAUAAUCUCAUGUGUUUGUUCUAUCGUCACCAUUGCUGCUCUUAUGGUCGAUAGAUAUAUAGCGGUGAGUAGACCUUUUCGAUAUAAAGUCAUAGUUACGAAGUACAGAGCCCGUAUUUCACUUGUGUGUAUUUGGUGUUUCUCAACUCACUUUGCUUUAAUGCCUAUCAUUGGAUGGCAAACCGCUGKUUUUCAAGUUUACCUCUAUGGACUGGGGAUUUUGACUCCAACCGUUUUCAUGCUGUUUUCUUAUUAUGGUUUGCUGAAGAUAUUAAGAGAAAAAACACGAAAUUUUAAAAACCUAACCGACACCAGCAAAGCAUCCUUUUCCAGGAAGGCAGCCGAAAGAGAAAAGAGAAUUUCAACAACAGUAUUCAUCAUGUUAAUUGUCUUUCUUGUUGCUUGGUGUCCAUUUGUAAUCACAGAUUUUACACUGGUUUUCUGCCCGAGCUGCAGAGRCAGCGACGAAAUUAGAUUGGCUCGAGACGUUACGUUAGUCCUCGGUUUCUUUUCAUCUGGAGUAAACCCCGUGUUGUACGCAUGGAGAGUUCCUAAUUUUCGAAAAGCGUUUAUAUUACUAUUUCAAUUGGCAAGAACAAGCAACAGAGUUUCUGUGUUUAGAGAAACAACAAGCCAGAAAGAACCAAGUGUGAUAUUUUCUGCCAAAAACGAAGAAGUCGAACCAAUUAAUCAAAGUGUAAAUAUCACCCUUCUUGCGGAAACAAAUAAAGUCCCUUGCUGACUAAUAUAACUGCUUUUAAAAUACUAAUUACGUCCAGUUUAUCUAAAAAUAAUUUCGUCUUUUUGUGACUUUAGUUUCCCUGAAAAUUCACCAAUACCUUUUCUUGUAAUCUGUGUCAUCCCUGCGUGAURAAYGGUACCUCAAGAAAGGUCGACUAGAAAAUAUUAUAAUAUGGCAAUGGCUGUCAAGAGCGUGUUUCCACUCGUCUAAAUUUAAAAUAAAAAAUCUCAAAAAAAAAUCAAAUGAACCAAAUACUCUUGCAAUAUUGAGUUGUUGUUUUGAAUCAAACAUAUAUUUUAUUUACAGGACCAAAUGGAUGAAUUAUAAAUAUUCAUCAACAUUCAUUUCGUAUCUAUCAUCUUCUUGUUAGGAUGCUGAUAACAGAAAUAGAGUGUAGUCUGAAAUUAAGAUUAAAGGAUUUUCCAUGAACUUGAUAAUUAAGAGAUUGAUUUAUAAUUAAGGGAUUCAUUGAGA